ACAGAAGAACUUCACAAUCAAUCUUACCACACACUGAGCACUCCAAGCAAUGGCUCUGCUCUUCACCACCACUUCACACUCUCACCUCUCUCUCUUCUCCAAAACCCCAAAUCCCAGCAAACCAUUUCCUCUCCUCUCUCCUUCUCUCUCUAUCACAAACCCUAGAAAUCGCUUUCUCAGAUCCCCUCCCUCCCUGCUCCUCACCCGCUCCUCUCUCUCCGACCCCUCCCCCAAUCCCCGGGUCUCUGACGAGUGGGGCGAGCCCUCCGAACCCGAACCCGAACUUGAAUCGCCUCCGGACCCCCCCGAGAACGAGGACGAGUGGGGUGGAGACGACGCUGGUGUUGUUUCCGGUAGUACGGAGGAGGAUGAGUUUGUUGCUGUCGGUAACGGUAGCCCCGCCGCCGCGGGGACUGCCACGGAUAAGGCUGACGUGGCGGACGAGGGAGAUGGGUUGGGGAAUAAGCUUGCGGAGCUGAAGCGGUGCCUGGUGGACACGGUUUACGGGACGGAGUUGGGGUUCAGGGCUGGGCCUGAGGUGAGGGCGGAGGUGUCGGAGCUGGUGAGUCAGCUGGAGGCGGCGAAUCCAACUCCGGCGCCGAUCGAGGCCCCGGGGGCUCUCGAUGGCAACUGGGUUUUGCUGUACACUGCAUUUUCUGAGCUAUUGCCCCUCCUCGCAGUAGGGACAUCACCUUUCUUGAAAGUGAAAGAGAUACGCCAAGCAAUUGACACCAACGGUCUUACCAUUGUGAACUCGGUCACGUUGUCUAGCCUUUUUGCUACUUUGUCUUUUAGUGCUUCUGCUACUUUUGAAGUUCGAAGUCCUACAAGAAUACAGGUUGCAUUUAAGGAAGGCACCAUUCCCCCUCCAGAGAUAAAGUCAAGUAUUGAUUUCCCAGAAAAUUUAGAUAUCUUUGGGCAGCAAAUCAAUCUGUCGCCUGUGCGGCAAUCCCUCAGUCCACUGCAGGACAUUGUGGGAAGUAUUUCACGAGUCGUUUCUGGUCAGCCGCCUCUUAAGGUCCCCAUUCCAGGUGACCGUAGUAGCUCCUGGCUUCUGAUUACAUACCUUGACGAUGAUAUUAGAAUCUCAAGGGGAGAUGGUGGUCUUUUUGUGCUUGCCAGGGAAGGUAGUCCCCUUCUUAAUCAGUACUAGCAUGGUCCAUGUUGCCAUGAGUUAUUUGCAAAGGCCUAUAUGUAUACAUACAGUCUCUAUUACGAUUUGACACUUAUGCUUAAAUGGGGAAAAUAAUCAAGGAGUGUAUUGAUGCCAUUUUGUACUUGAAAAGUUAAAUAUUGAAUAUUGAACGCUUGUACAUUGGUAUA